AUGGCACCGUCAUCCAGAAAGCAAAGUAUCGUUGAAGCAGCUGAAAAAACUUUUGACAAAAAUACCUUAAUUCUGAUUGUUAAUCUACUGAUUCUGAUUGUACUAAUGUCAUUGCUCUAUAUGGUUGCAAGUUCAGCAAUGGCUAAUACACCGCUGGCCAGUAUCCGAGAUGAACACUGA